AUGGCGGACGCGCGUAAACAUGUGGGCACUGGCACUAGCGACAUAUCAGAGCGUGAUUUUGUGUUAUAUCUCAUUUCAUUGUAUAGGGACAGUCCUGUGUUAUGGAACGCCAAAAGAAAAGAUUACGUGGACAAAAGUAAACGGUCAGUAGCAUUGCAAAACAUUAUCAGAUCUCUGCGAAUUUAUAAACCAACGUAUUCAGAAGAGGAAUUAAAGAAGAAAAUAAACACGCUACGCACAAAUUUCAACAAGGAAAGAAAUAAAAUAAACAAAGCUAGACGCUCUGGUAUUUCCCCUGAUGAUGUACAACAACCAACACUUUGGUAUUACAAUGAAAUGUUGUUUUUGAUUGACCAAACGAGCGUAAUAAUUAAGACCGAAUGCAGUGAGCAAUCGCCCUUACAACAAAAAAAGACGCUACAAAAGAAAAGAAGAAAUACAUUAACGGAUGAUUUAGUGAACACAGCAUCCAAAUAUUCCAAAAGAUCUGACAAUGAAUCCGACAUAAUAGCAAAAAGCUGGGCUAUCAAGUUAAGCCGCUUAGCGCACGACCAAAAGCGUUACGCCGAGAAAAUUGUAAAUGACGUCCUUUUCGAAGGCGCAAUGGGAACAUUGACUAGGAACGGGGUUCGUUUCCUGCCAGCCAGCUCAACGUCUUGUUCUUUUGAUAACUCCGGUGAAUUUUGUUCUUCACCGUCACCAAGUUCAUGUCAUGCAACUAACACGUCACCUAAACCAGACCAGAAGCUUGAGACAUUAUCUGAUAUAUCAUAA